CUUAUAUUCAGCUGCAACCCCCUCCUCCAACUAGAAGUCGUUAUCUGCGGUGACCGCUGUAUUGGAGUCGAUUACAGAUAUUAUCUUUUAAACCGACUGACAUCCUAGAGCAAACACGACAUGGCUCGUACCAAGCAGACUGCCCGUAAGUCCACCGGAGGAAAGGCUCCGAGGAAGCAGCUCGCUACUAAGGCGGCCCGGAAGAGCGCUCCGUCUACCGGAGGAGUGAAGAAGCCCCAUCGUUACAGGCCUGGUACCGUGGCUCUGAGGGAGAUCCGUCGUUACCAGAAGUCCACUGAGCUGCUCAUCCGCAAGCUGCCCUUCCAGCGUCUGGUGAGAGAGAUCGCCCAGGACUUCAAGACUGACCUGCGUUUCCAGAGCGCCGCCAUCGGGGCUCUUCAGGAGGCCAGCGAGGCUUACCUGGUGGGUCUGUUUGAGGACACCAACCUGUGCGCCAUCCACGCCAAGCGUGUCACCAUCAUGCCCAAAGACAUCCAGCUGGCUCGCAGGAUAAGGGGCGAGAGGGCCUGAGCGGCCGGCGGCUGACCCGCCACGACAAAUUAUCCCGUUUGUCGUUCUUAAACCAUUUUUGUGGACAUUUAUUUCCUGGGUUUAUUUUUGAUAAGUUUCUUUUUGGAUUUUUUUUUUUUUCUAUUGUAUCU